AUGGAGGCAUUGCAAUGUGAUGGCUGCGAUUUCCGAGCUCCACCCUAUGAAGACCUAAAAGCUCACAUUCAGGAUGUUCAUACUGCUUUUCUGUAGCCAACAGAUGUCUCUGAGGAAAACCCUAGCCAGCCAUCUGGCUCCAUGAAUGCUAGCAACCAGACUGACAUUGAAUUUUCUUCUGUAAAGGAUGAAUUUACAAUUGCAGAUGAAAUAGCAGGGCAAAAUACAGCAACUCAGAUGGAAACUGGAAGUUAUUAUAGCCAGAGCCAAAGUUUUUAUUGUCAACAUAUGGCUCCAAAUCAUAAACCAACCAACAAGUUUUUCCAGUGCAAAUUCUGUGUGCAUUACUUCCGAUCUAAAAACCUCCUCAUAGAGCACACUUGCAAGGUUCAUGGAGCACAAGUUGGGGGGAGCUCAGUAGGGUCACACACUGCUGGAUCCUUAAAUAACAACAUCACGAUGCACAAGGGGUUUGGCAAAGUUUUCUCUUGCCAGUUCUGCACCUACAAAUCACCAAGGCGCGCAAGGAUUAUUAAGCACCAGAAAAUGUAUCACAAAAACAAUCUGAAGGAGAGUUUUACUCCUACUGCUACCUCUGCUGUAUCUGAAUUAACAUCUGCCUCUGUGCCAGUGCAGGAACCCUGCAAGGAAUUGCCUGCAGAGGUGGUAGAACGGAGCAUUUUGGAGUCCAUGGUCAAGCCUCUUACAAAGUCCAGAGGCAACUUUUGCUGUGAAUGGUGCAGUUAUCAGACACCUCGAAGGGAGCACUGGUGUGACCAUAUGAUGAAGAAGUACCGCAGCAUGGUAAAAAUACUGUCAAGUUUGAGGCAGGAACAAGACAGAACCAGUGCGCCUGAAGUGCAGAGUAAGAGUGCCCACAAUGCCUCCCCAAACUCUAACUAUGUCUCUGUGAAUAUGCCAGGAUGUGAUAUGUUGAAUGCUGAUGUCUCAAACUUCAGAAGCUCUACAGGCAAAUCCCUUAUCGAGCCCAACUCUUCUAUAUCCUCUAAGUUUUCUUCUGUGUCUUAUCCUCAAAUGAAGUCUAAAUUACCUCACAACUUGAGCAUAGUUAAUUUGUCUGACAGAUCCUGCUAUGGAGUUGCUGACUUGGAAACAAGCAGUAUGCUAAAUGACUCCAGCUCAGACAAAGAGCUUAAUGAAGUGGACAGUGAGAAUGGCUUGAACUCUGUGGGCCACCAGACUUAAGGAAUAUCUGCAGAGCAACUGAUGGGAUCUGAUGGCAACAAGCUGUUGGAAACAAAAGGAAUUCCUUUUAGACGAUACAUGAACAGGUUCCAAUGUUCUUUUUGCCCUUUCCUCACAAUGCAUCGCUAAAGCAUCUCCUGUCACAUUGAGAAUAUCCAUCUGUCUGGGAAGACAAAUGUAUACAAAUGCAAUGAAUGCCCUUUCACCUGUAAGAGUUCAUUAAAACUUGGAGCUCAUAGGCAAUGUCAUGCAGAUAAAAUAUCAGACUGGGACACUGUGAAUUCUCAGAGUGAAAACAUUGUCUCCUCUUUGAAUGACAACAUAGUUUCUUAUGAAAGUGGAAAUAUAAAUGGAAGGAAGUCAGCUAGGAUUAUGGAAACAGUGCAGCAGCAACAGCAGCAGUUGCUUCAACCCCAUUCACAUAAUCCUUAUAAGUGCAUGAUGUGUAACUAUUCUACCACUACUUUGAAAGGCCUUAGAGUUCAUCAGCAGCACAAGCAUGCAUUUUGUGACAACUUAGAAAAAUGUGAUGGACUGCCAUUCAACAUGCCCCAAGAGAGCGAGGCAGACGCUUUCACCUGUGUCAGCACAGUGAAGAAAAGCCAGACCACAAUUCUUGGUCUCUCAUCUAAAAAGAAUUUUGUUACUAAGGUUGCUCAGAAGGUGUCAAAUGACUGCCCAUUGGAUCUCUCACCAGUGAAGAAAAGAAGUAGAAUUGAUGAAAUAGCAAGCAACCUGCAGAGCAAAACAAACCAAAACAAACAGCAAGAAGAUGCUGUGACUGAUGUAGAGGAUGUAGAGGAUGAUGAGGAAGAUGAGGAAGACGAGGUGGAGGUAGAAGUAGAAUUAGACAGAGAAGAAGAAAUAGAACCAAUGGUGAAGGUUUCUAGUUCUUAUGCACCCCAGCAAAUGUGGGGGAGAGAGACUAAUGAUUCCCAGAAGGAUGCAAACUUCAGAAACAUGCAUCAUGAUUAUAAUUCCACCAACAGAGCAGAGAUUGAGCUCACUUUAUCUGAAGAUGAGGAAGAUUAUUUUUCUUCCAUUGACAUGAAAGAUCAACAGAGCCCUAAUGCCUCUGUUCUGGGAAGCCAGCCAAAUAUAUAUGGUCUUGAGAACAAUGAAAAUGUGGAGAUUAAUGACUCUGACAGGCUUUACUAUUAUAAACACUGUGAUUUUAGCAACAAAUCUGCCAGGAGUGUUAGCACCCACUACCAACAGAUGCACCCCUACAUAAAAUUCAGCUUUAGGUAUAUCUUGGAUCCCAAUGAUCACAGUGCAGUAUACAGAUGCCUUGAGUGUUAUAUUGACUAUAUGAACUUUGAAGAUCCGCAGCAACACUAUGAGGAGCAUCACCCUGAAGCUAUUAAUGUAUUGAACUCAGAUCACUCUGAUCUCAUCUACCACUGUCACUUCUGUUCUUACACUAGCCCAAAUGUUAGAAGCCUGAUGCCACAUUACCAAAGAAUGCAUAUAACAGUGAAAAUUAACGAUGCCAUGAUAUUUUCAAGCUAUGUUGUUGAGCAGCAAGAGGGGCUAAACACGGUGUCUCAGACAGUGAGAGAGAUCUUGAAAUCUGCUCAAAAAACUAUGGCAACCUCCACCCCCGUGGCUCAUGGGACUACUGUGCCAGCAAGUUUUAACAGAAGUGCCACAAAGAGUUUUAACCUUACUCCUGAACUCUACUAUUGCAAACAUUGUUCAUACAGCAACUGGUCAGUUGUGGGAGUGCUUGUCCACUACCAGAAAAGACAUCCGGAAAUAAAGGUCACUGCCAAUUACAUCAGGCAGGCACCCCCUACUGCUGCAGUGAUUAAGGCUGGUGAGCUGCCACCUGGGGUUCAGAAACUGCCAGUGUCAGUGCAGCAGUUGAGCCGGGUCAGUUCUGAGAGGUCUGUGAAUCCUCUUGAGAAUGAAAUGUUCUUCUGCAAUUAUGGAAACCAGACGGUGAAAGGUGUACUCAUUCAUUAUCAAAAGAAGCAUUGUGUUUUCAAAGCCAACGCAGAUGUGAUUAGGCAACAUACAGCCACCAUUAGAAGCCUUUGUGAUCGUAACCAGAAGAAACCACCUGGCAGCCUGCCUGCUCACACCUCCAGCACUGAACAGGACAAGAUAAAGCUGAGAGACCUCAAAUGCAGGCAGUGUAGCGACACAUCACCUUACUUUUACGCAUUGAGGAAGCAUAUUAAGAAAGACCACUCAAAUCUGAAGGCCACGGUCACAUCCAUUCUGAGAUGGACAUUUUUGGAUGGCUUGAUAGAAGCUGGUUAUCACUGUGAAUGGUGCAUUUAUUCACAUACGGAACCAAGUGGUUUGCUUGUGCAUUACCAAAGGAGACAUCCUGAACAUUAUGUUGACUAUAUAUAUAUGGCAACUGAACUCUGGGCAGGUCCGGAUCCUUCCCCUCCUAUCCUAGUGAUGCCAACAGAAGUGAAGACCUAUAAAUGCAGAGACUGCAUUUUUGAAGCAUCUUCCAUUUGGGAUAUUACUAAUCACUAUCAGACUUUUCACCCUUGGGCUAUGAAUGGGGAUGAAUCUGUAUUGAUAGAUAUCAUUAAGAAGAAAUAUGCUGUUGAGAAAAUUGGCACACAGCUUGAUGAAGUUAGGGCCAGGAUCAAUACUGAAACAUCAAAGAUGGACCAGGAUGUGGAGAACCCCAGUCUUUCCCAGGAAAAAUCUAUUCAGCUGGUUUCUGCAAACCCUGCCAUCUCCUCCACUCCAUAUCAGUGUACAGUUUGUCAGUCUGAGUACAAUAACUUGCAUGGCCUACUGACACAUUACGGCAAAAAGCAUCCUGGCAUGAAAGUGAAAGCUACUGACUUUGCACAGGACAUAGACAUUAACCCAGGUGCUGUGUACAGGUGCAGACAUUGCCCAUACAUUAACAUACGUAUUCAUGGUGUCCUCACACAUUACCAGAAACGGCACCCAUCAGUAAAGGUCACUGCUGAAGACUUUGUACAUGAUGUGAAACAGUCGAAUGACAUUGCCCAGAAUGACAUAGAAGAGAUGGGUAGGAUUUUCAAGCAAGUCUAUGGUGCAUACCAGUGCAAACUAUGUCCUUACACCCAUGGCACGCUGGAGAAGCUCAAAAUUCACUGUGAGAAAUACCAUAAUCAGCCUGAAUUUGAUGGUUUUGCUCAGUCACCGCCAAAGGUGUCUGCCUCAGUGGAGCCAGACAUGGUAACUGAAAUCAAGGCCUCCUCAGAAAUUGCUGCUGAUGGUGUUGGAGAAGUCUCUAUCUCAGCACCUCAUUUCUCCAGUUCUCACUUAGUGUCUCACACAGUGUUCCAGUGUCAGCUCUGCAAAUAGUUCUGUUCUACCCGGAAGGGGAUAGCCAGGAACUACUGCAUCAAACAUAAUAACGUUCAGGCACAACCAGAAGGCAAGAACAGCUUCUUCAAGUGUGCUUUGUGUUCCUACACCAACCCUAUCUGCAAAGGGCUUGCAGCACACUACCAGAAAAGGCAUGACAUUGAUGCUUACUACACUCAUUGUUUAGCAGCCUCCAGGACAUUAAGCGACAAACCCAAUAAAGUGAUCAUUCCAUCUCCUCCCAAAGAUGAAACUCCUCAGUUAAGUGAGGAGCUGAGGAGGGCUGUGGAAAAGAAGAAAUGCUCACUUUUUUCCUUUCAAUCUUUUAGCAAAAAAGAUAUUGUGUCCCACUACAUAAAGCGUCACCCUGGUGUUUUCCCCAAGAAGCAGCAUGUGAGCAAGCUAGGAAGUUACUUCACUGCUGAACAUGAAAAGUCAACUCCAGCUGAGGAAAGGAAUGACUUUGAAAAGCCUGAGGUGGAGAGCACGGCUCAGGAAACUGAGUGGCUUCCCUUCAGGUGCAUAAAAUGUUUCAAGCUAUCCUUCAGCACAGCAGAGCUGCUGUGCAUGUAUUACACGGAUUACAGCAAGGAUUUGAAGAGAGAUUUCACCAUACUGGGAAGUGGCACCUGCUUUCAUGAUGCUGCCUACCAGUGCAAGCACUGUGAUACUAAAUUGCAUAGCAUGGCAGAGCUGACCUCCCACUUUAAUAGUCACAAUGAGGAAUUCCAGAAGCGUGCCAAACACCAGAAGAGGAGGAAACAGCUUUUGAGCAAGCAGAAAUAUGCAGAUGGUGCUUUUACAGAUUUCAAACAAGAGAGGGUAAGGAUCUAUGCUUCAAAACUUAAGGAGAGGAAGAUAGUUGGCUACAAAUGUAAAUAUUGUGUGGAAGUUCAUCCAACACUUCAAGCCAUCUGUAAUCAUCUCCAUAAGCAUGUCCAGUAUGGGAAUGUUUCUUCUGUGUCAGCUACGGUAAAGCAGGAAGCUGAAGAUGCUUCAAGCACAAAUUUGGAGGAUUUUGAGGGAGCCGAAGACCCUGGCACUAUGGAAUUUACAGAAGCCGAAUCUGGAGCAUCCUUGGAAGAUAAAACUGGUCCUGGGGUCUACCACUGCAGCCAAUGUGACCGGGUUUUGAUGUCUAUGCAGGGUCUGCAAUCUCAUGAGAGGAGUCACUUGGCUCUGGCCAUGUUUACCCAGGAAGACAAGUACAGCUGCCAGUAUUGCUCCUUUGUCUCUACUUUCAGGCACAA